AUGCCAGCAAGUGUGUUUUUCCUGAAAAGAGAGCACUGCGCUGAGGCCGCCUCCAGGCCAGCUCUUAUCUGCCUCAGCGGGGAGGAUGUGAAGACUUCUUUCCAGGAAACUCAGUCUGACUUGGAGGUGAUCUUAGAGUUUCUAGAGGAGUACUACAGACAAAACUCUGCAGAAAAUGUGGACAAAAUGUCCUGGAGUGCAGGUAUGCCUUUGGAUGAAGGAUCUGUGCCUAUGGAUCAGACCUGUGAGCAACACUGGACAUGCUCUGAGCCAUUUAACAUCAAAUCUGCAUUUCAGCCGUUCCAGGAAAACGAUGCAAGACCAGCCUUCAACCAGGUCACAACAGCGACAUUGUCUGAGCUGCCAAAUUUUGUACCAACACGACAAUCAGUCAAACACCCAGCGACGGUGGGGAGCGGCAGAAAGGUGCGACUCUUUCACUUCCUGUUUGAGAUGCUGGAGGAUCCAAACAUGGCUCACUGUGUGUCCUGGGUGCCAGCAGCCACAGGCGUUUUCCGCUUUUCCUCCAGGAACAAGGACCAGGUGGCAGCCCUCUGGGGCCAGAGGAAGGGCAACAAGAGGCCCAUGACCUACCAGAAGAUGUCCAGGGCAUUGCGGAACUACGCCCGGUCCGGAGAGAUAUUCAAGGUGAAGAAGAAACUCACCUACCAGUUCAGCCGGGACACCCUGAUGACACUGCAGAAGUGUAACAGAAGAGAUCUGUGAUUUAAUGUUGCUUUAA